AUGGGCCAGCCAUCAUUCGCGGCGUCCAACGCCCUCAUCUACGUCACUUAUGGACUCUUCCUUAUCAUCGGCACUGCCAUUGCGUGGAAGUUCCGCAAUCAGUCCAAGGGAGAGUUCCUGUCUGGAAAUAGAACUCAGACGGCCUUCCCCUUGGCCCUCAACUUCAUCGCCUCUGCCCUCGGCUCCGGCAUUCUCUUCUCCUACCCGGAGCUCGCCACGAUCACCGGCGUCCAGGGCGUCCUCGUCUACGCCCUCUCGUCCUCGCUCCCGCUCCUCAUCUUUGCCGUCCUCGGCCCCGUCAUCCGCCGCAAGACGCCCGAGGGGUUCGUCCUCACGGCCUGGACGAGGCAGCGCUACGGCACCGUCGCCAUGCUCUACCUCAGCUUCAUGACCCUCGUCACGCUAUUCUUGUACAUGGUCGCCGAGCUAUCCGCCAUCGGGCAAGUCGUCAACGCCCUGACGAGUCUGGAUGGCUUGCCCGUCAUGAUUGUGCAGUGCGUUAUCACCACUAUUUACACAUCCCUCGGCGGUUUCCGCAUCUCCUUUGUGACGGACAACAUCCAAGGCGCAAUGGUAAUUUGCCUCAUCAUCAUCGUCGCAAUCACAAUGGGCGUCAAAACCGACAUCGACACCUCCUUAAUCGAGACCUCGGGCCUCCUCAAACCCACCCUCUUAGGCUGGCAACUCCUCUACAUCCUCCCCAUCUGCAUCCUCACAAACGAUUUCUUUCUCUCGGGCUUCUGGCUCCGCACCUUCGCCUCCAAAACAGAUAAAGACCUCCGCGUAGGCGUCUCCAUCGCCGUCGUCAUCAUCCUCUGCAUCCUGACCAUGGUCGGCGUGACCGGCCUCGUCGCAGCCUGGUCCGGCGCCCUCCCGCUAGACCAAAUCGCAGACAGCGGCUCCAUCGCCUUCUUCCUACUCCUCCAACAACUCCCCGCCUGGGUCGUCGGCAUCGUCCUCGUCAUGGUCUGCACACUCUCCACCGCGGCGUUCGACAGCCUGCAAUCCGCAAUGGUCUCCUCCGCCUCAAACGACCUCUUCCGCAACCGCCUCAACAUCUGGUGGAUCCGCGCCGGCGUGGUGCUCAUCAUCUUCCCCACCGUCGUCAUCGCCCUUAAAGCCCCCUCGGUUCUGCAAAUCUACCUUAUCUCCGACCUCGUCUCCGCCUCCGUCAUCCCCGUCCUCGUGUUCGGUCUGGUCGACCGCUUCUACUGGUGGCGCGGCUUCGAGGUCGUCGCCGGCGGGCUGGGCGGCAUCCUCACCGUUUUUCUCUUUGGUCUCGUCUUCUACGACGGCGACGCGCAAAAGGCGGGCAACCUGCUCAUCAUCUCCGAGGGCCUGUACGCCAACGACUGGAGCGUGUUUGGCGCCUUUGUCGCUGCGCCGGUGGGUAGUUUCCUCUGGGGUUUCGGCGCGUUGGGGUGCCGGCUUGCGUUCCAGUAUGUCUUGGCCAAGAAGAGCGGUCGUCGCUUCGACGCGCUGGAUCGGCCUGUUGGGCCUGGGUUCACGCCCGAGGCUGACGGCGCCCCUCGCUACGUUGAGAGGGACGAGUAUGAGGCCAACUCCGAGGUCGAGGUCGUCAAGCCCGCUGGCAAGUUCUUCUGA